UGGGAUGUGAAGAGAGGGGAGACUGUAGCCAAUCAGAACACAACUCUUAGUAGACAUCAGAGAAUUUAUAAUGCAGAGAAACCCUUCAAAUGUGAAGAGUGUGACAAGUCCUUUACUCGAAUGUCAAGUCUUAGAAGACAUCAGACAAUGCAUACUGGAGAGAAACUCUACAAAUGUAAAGAAUGUGACAAAUCCUUUAGUGGAAUGUCAUAUCUUAGAUUACAUCAGCAAAUUCAUACUGGAGAGAAACCCUACAAAUGUGAAGAAUGUGAUAGGUCCUUUACUUUCCUGUCAAGUUUUCGAUUACAUCAGCGAACACAUACUGGAGAGAAACCCUACAAAUGUGAAGAAUGUGACAAAUCCUUCAUUUCUGUGUCAAGUUUUCGAUUACAUCAACGAAGACAUACUGGAGAGAAACCCUACAAAUGUGAAGAAUGUGACAAAUCCUUUACUGAGGCCUCACAUCUUAGAAGGCAUAAAAGUGUUCAUACUGGAGAGAAACCCUACAAAUGUGAAGAAUGUGACAAGUCCUUUAGUGGAAUGUCAUAUCUUAGGUUACAUCAGCAAAUUCAUACUGGAAAGAAACCCUACAAAUGUGAAGAAUGUGGCAGGUCCUUUACUAUGAGCUCAACACUUAGGAAUCAUUACAGAAUUCAUACUGGAGAAAAACCUUACAGAUGUGAAGAAUGUGACAAGUCCUUUACUUGGAUGGUAAGUUUUCGAUUACAUCAGCGAAGACAUACUGGGGAGAAACCCUACAAAUGUGAAGAAUGUGACAGGGCCUUUUCCGAGGCCUCACAUCUUCGGAGACAUAAAAGUGUUCAUACUGGAGAGAAAACCUAUAAAUGUGACGAGUGUGACAAGGCCUUUACUUCCAUGUCCUAUUUUAGAUUACAUCAGCGAAUUCAUAAUAGAGAAAAACAUUACAGUUGUGAAAAAUGUGACAAAACCUUUACUUCCAUGUCAUAUCUUAGAUUACAUCAGAGAAUUCAUACUGGAAAGAAACUCUACAGAUGUGAAGAGUGUGACAAGACCUUUUCUUACAUGUCAUAUCUUGAAUUACAUCAGAGGAUUCAUACUGGAGAGAAACCCUACAGAUGUGAAGAAUGUGGUAAGGCCUUUCCUUACAUGUCAUAUUUUCGAUUACAUCAGAGAAUUCAUACUGGAGAGAAACCCUACAAUUGUGAAGAAUGUGGAAAGUCCUUUAGUCGAAUGUCACAUCUUAGAGUACAUCAACGAAUACAUACAGGGGAGAAACCCUACAGAUGUCAAGAAUGUGACAGGUCCUUUACUGAGAGCUCAAAACUUAGGAGACAUUACAAAAUUCAUACUGGAGAGAAACCCUACAAAUGAAAAGUAUGUGAGAAGUCCUUUACUCAUAUUUCAACUCUUAGAGAACAUCAAAGAAUGCAUAAUAAAGGGAGAUAAUACAAAUAUAAGUGAUUUGGCAGUUCCUUUAAGCAUAUAUCAAAUGGUAGAUGCUGUCAAAAAUUCUAUAAUGUAGAGACAGUGUACAAUUGCACAGAAUGUGGUACAUCCUUUACUCUGGGCUCAAUCCUUAGGAAACAAAACAGAAUCCAUACUAGAGGAAUAUGUUUAGAAGUAUGGAGAAUGAAACAUUUAUAUUUAUAUAUUGCAAAACUUCAUAGUAUACUGAAGAAAAACUUAGAAUUAAACACAAAAUUGCAGAAUCUAUGAUCAAAAUGUAUUUCUAAUUCAAUAAAAAUAAUUCAUAACUUGGAGAAAUUAGAAACACAAAGAAUGUGAGAAAGCCUUUAUUUUCCCAUCAAUAUUGUUUAAUAUCACAGAAUCCUUAUUUUAGAGAAAACCUACAGAUUAAAAAAAAUCAGCCACCAUUUACAAAUGGCUCCCAUCUUAGGAAACAUCAGAGAUU